UGAAUCACCAUGCAGCUACUUUUGAAGACAAAACCAUAAAAAUUGACCAGAUCAUCUUCUGCACUGGCUACUUCUAUGAUGUGCCAUUCUUGAAGAUCCCCUUGUGCGAAUCACGCUACAUCAAGAACUUGUACAAACACAUUUUCUACGUCGAAGAUCCGUCCUUGGUAUUUGUGGGGUUGGGCAAAGAUGUGAGUCCGUUCCCCAUGGCUGAAGCACAGUCGAGUGUUUUGGCAAGGUAUUUCAGUGGCCGGUUACAACUUCCUACUAGUGAUGCGAUGAGACAGGAGUCGAGUCAGGAGUUGGCACUAAAAGGCGCAAGACUCCAUGGAUUAAAACCCCCUAAAGAGCCUGAGUAUGUGAAUGAGCUCCAUCAUCUCAUUGAGGAGCAGCAUCUUGAGGGAGGAUUCAUGUUUGAGAAGUACGAAGGUGAAAAACUCGAAGCUAGGACUGCGGCUGCAGGCCUCAAAUUGCAGCGACUCACCGCAUAUUGUGAGGAGAUCGUUAGAGACAAAACUAAGAGAAUACUAAGUUUACACGGAGCCGGAAAAGUAUAGAUAUAGUAACGCAGACAGAAAUCCAAUUCAGGCAAGCCAGAGUCAGUUCAAUAGUCAUUUCCGAAGGUGUUUGUAUUGAUUGGAUAACUCAUAGGAGAGUGUUCACGUGGUGGUGCGAACACUGUCAGCGGCUCACAAAAGAUUCGGACCGCCCCGCACGAGCCUUGGGGCCAUCAUUUGGUGCGCGUCACCCGACGUGUUGGCUGCAAAUUAUGGUUUGAGGAUCAGUUGACGCACUUUAAUUACUAUAUAAACAUGUCCCAGUUCUUGAGAUUUUUCUACAUUACAACAAUACAAUACAAAUAAUUAUAACAAUAUGAAGAUCGGAAUUAAUGGAUUCGGAAGAAUUGGUAGAUUGGUUUUGAGAAUCGCCAUCGCCAGGCCAGAUAUCGAAGUGGUCGCCAUCAAUGAUCCAUUUAUUGCUGCUGACUAUGCGGCUUACAUGUUCAAAUACGACUCCACCCACGGUAGGUUCAAAGGUGAAGUCACUUCUGAAGACAACACCUUGGUGAUCAAUGGUCACGUUAUAAAGGUCUAUCAAGAACGUGAUCCAGUCAACAUUCCAUGGGGAAAAGACAAAGUUGAGUAUGUGAUUGACUCUACCGGUGUUUUCACCAAGUUGGCAGGCGCCCAAAAACAUCUUGAUGCUGGUGCCAAAAAGGUUCUUAUCACCGCUCCUUCUGCUGAUGCGCCAAUGUUCGUUGUGGGUGUCAAUGAAGACAAGUACACACCAGAUCUUAACAUUAUCUCGAAUGCCUCGUGUACGACCAACUGCUUGGCCCCAUUGGCCAAGGUCAUCAACGACAAGUUUGGAAUCAAGGACGGUUUAAUGACCACCAUUCAUUCCAUUACUGCCACCCAGAAAACUGUUGAUGGGCCCUCGCACAAGGAUUGGAGAGGAGGAAGAACUGCUUCUGGUAACAUCAUUCCUUCGUCCACUGGUGCUGCAAAAGCCGUUGGUAAGGUCAUUCCAGAAUUGAACGGAAAAUUGACUGGUUUAUCCAUGAGAGUUCCAACCACUGAUGUUUCUGUUGUUGACUUGACUGUUAACUUGGCUACCACCACCACUUACGAAGAAAUAUGUGCCACCGUCAAAGCUGCUGCUGAAGGUCCAUUGAAGGGUGUUUUGGGAUACACUGAAGAGUCUGUCGUGUCGUCUGAUUUCGUCACCUCCCAUGAAUCUUCUGUCUUUGACGCUAAGGCCGGGAUUAUGUUGACCCCCACCUUUGUCAAGUUGAUUGCCUGGUACGAUAACGAGUACGGUUACUCCACCAGAGUCGUCGACUUGUUGGAAUAUGUUGCCAAACAGUAAGUAGUAUAUACAAAUAUAUGAAAGGGUUGAAGGAAUAUUAAUCUCGUAGUUUUGAUUCUCAUUGAGAUUGGUUG